GCGAGCGGUUCACGCGUCGGACGGCGAUUAAUUCAACAACAGCAAACUCGUCGAGCUAAGCAAAACCAGCAAAAAAUAACGAAAAACUAAACUGCUCUCCAGCAUAGAUUGACAUGUUACUGUGCUAUACCAUUGAGAUCGCUAAAUCGUACUGAAAUGCAAUGGGCAAACUAUGUAAAUAUAUAAAGUAAAAAUAAAACGUUUAAAUUAAAUAAUUGCGGUUUCAUAUGCAAAUCCGUUGGUCAACAAAGCGCGCGAGUGCAGUUCGAAAAUCAAUUCGAAAUUAAAUCAAAACACAUACCAGCCAAAAAUCUCGUUACUGCGACGAGCAUUUCGGACAUUAACCGUUACGCUUACGCGGCACUCGCCUGUAGGUGUGCGUCUGGGUCUGUGUGUGUGUGGCAUUCAGUGCGCGCAUUUCUGUGCUCGUUUAUGUGUGUGUGUUAUGACAGAGAGUUGACAAUAGGCAAAUAGGCAAAUCAUAUGCCGCCCACGUAAUGUGUGACGAAAUUUAAAUUCGCCAUCUAUGCAAAUACAAUUGCAGAAAUCGUAUACGUGUGUGCCGUACAGAGUGUUUGUGCGCGUGUGUGCGUAUUGGUGCUAGUUGGAUAUUCAUGUGGAUUACCAUAAACAUAAACAAAGGAUUAGAAAGAAACAACAACAACAACAGCAGCAACAACAGAAGCGGAGGUCGAAGCGGGAAAGAUAAACCCACAGAAGCAUUUUUGGGAUUACAGCAGCCGCAGUAGACGAAGAAGCAGCAGCAGCAGCAACAGAAGAAGAAGAAGGGGAAGAAAAAGAGGGCUUCGCUUAGAAAAUAUCACAACAUUGCAGUCAGGUGCCUCACAGAGGGUCGUCCACAUCCGCCAGACUCCAGCUGCUCUGUUCGUGUGUGUGUGUGCGUUUGUAUGUAUGCGUCUGUUUGUGUGACAAGCGCAACUAAUGAGCAGCAACAAAUCGGAAACAGGAAGCAGCAGCAACAGUAGCAGCAGUAGCUUGGAAUGAAAGUAAAACUGCGUGGCCAUUAUUAUCAUUACUAAAUAAUCGUAACUGUGAUAGCACCAAAGAAAGCAGAAGCGGCAAGCGGCAAGGCUAAAGAUAUACAACAAGCAGCAACAGAUACAGAUACAGAUACAGAUACAAAAGCUAAACAGUUGCUGCCGCGCGUAAUUACGUUUCAGUGAUUUUCAAACUAAUAAAUGUCGUACGCGCAAUCGCUGGCAGCAGCAGCAGCACCAACAAUUUACUAAAGCCAAGCAGCCAACAAAACUCCGCACAAAAUGGCGCACAAAAUGAGGCAGACAACAGGAAAAGCGGCAACAACACAGACGACAGCAACACAGUGCUCCACAAAAGCAACACAAGUUGGCACGCAUUCAAGUUCAAGGCGGUCAUCGUUAAUCACAUGUUUUAUAUCCUGCCACACGUUCAGCUCGCUCUUGUUGUUCCUCUUGCUGCUUGCCACCGCGCAGGCGGCCAGCAAGUUGACCACUCGCAGCAACAACACGACAGCAGCAGCAGCAGCAUCGGAGGCGACGCCCGUUUGGGAUCAUGCCAUCGAUUUGAAUGAGGAUUUUCGCAUACUAUGGCAAAUCAUUAAUCAGGAUAUAACAUUUGAAAUACAAGCACGUACAUUAGGUUAUGUCGGCUUUGGAUUCUCGCCCGAUGGGAAUCUAGCUGGCGCGGAUAUGGCCAUCGGUUGGGUGGACAAGGGUCAAACAUAUUUUCAGGAUCGACACGUCACACGCAAUGGCGACACUGAGCCCGUCGUGGAUCCCUCCCAGGAUUACAUGCUGAUGCUGGGCUACGAGAAUGCCACCCACACCGUGCUGCGCUUUCGCCGCAAGUUGGACACAUGCGAUGCCAGCCAUGACAUCGCCAUAACGAACGAUACAAUGCGCCUGCUAUACAUGUAUCACGCACAGGAUCCACCGCACGGCUCGGUGCGUCCCGGCACGCUGCCCGAUCCGGCGCGCGCCUUCCGACCUUAUCGGCCCAUGGUGCUCAUGCAGCGCGCCCAGCUGCAGUUGCCAUCGCCGCAUGAUGAGCGCGUCCGUGUGCUGGAACUGCGCAAUGAGGACGUGGAGCUGCCUCCCGGCGAUACGCCGCUUUUUUGGUGCAAAAUGUUCAAGCUGGAGGAUAUCAAUCGGAAGCAUCAUCUCAUUCGGUACGAGCCGAUUUAUGAUUCAUCGUCCAGCGUACACUACUUGCAGCACAUAACGCUCCACGAGUGCCAAGGGUCGCACUCGGAGCUGGAGGAGCUGGCACGCGAACAGGGCAGACAGUGCAUGGGCGCCCGUUCCAUACCGCUGGCAUGCAAUGCCAUUGUUGCCUCCUGGUCGCGGGGCAGCGAGGGCUUUACGUAUCCACAUGAAGCGGGCUACCCGAUUGAGUCGCGACAGGCCAAAUAUUAUUUAAUGGAGACCCAUUACAACAAUUUGAAGCCGGACUUUGCCCAAUUGCAUGCCAGACAAAUGGCGGAUAAUUCUGGUUUGAAAAUCUACUUUACGCACGUGCUGCGACCAAAUGACGCUGGCAUUUUGUCAAUCGGCAUGGAUCCCAACUGGCGCCACAUUAUACCGCCGGGACAGAAGCGCGUGAUAUCGGAGGGCCAAUGCAUUGAGGAUUGCACCGGCUAUGCUUUUCCCACCCAGGGCAUCAACAUUUUUGCGGUCAUGAUGCGCACACAUCAAAUCGGCAAGGAGGUUAAGCUGCGUCAGAUACGACAAACCGAGGAGCUUCCGCCAAUUGCACACGACAGCAAUAUAGAUGUGGCCUAUCAGGACUUUCGACGUUUGCCCCAGUCGGUGCAUUCCAUGCCCGGCGAUAGACUCAUCGCCGAAUGCAUUUAUGACAGUUCGUCACGAAAGGCAAUUACGCUGGGUGGCCUCACGAUGAAGGAAGAAAGCUGCACCGUGCUGACACUUUACUAUCCACGCCAAAAGAAACUGACAACGUGUCAUUCACUACCCAGCCUGCCCACAGUGCUGCAUUCUCUUGGCAUCGAACAGCUUGCAACCGACUCAAAUCCCGUGCUGAUUUCAUCACCGCCCGAAUUGGCUGGCAUGACAUUGGAGGCACGUCUGAUAUCCUACGAUUGGGAAAAUCAAUUUGGCGAAUUUCAAGAGGCCACACGCAAGGGCAGCUUUAAGCCCAUCUGCUGGGGAGCCAAGAAUCAUGUGGUGCCGGGCUCCGAGUUUCUCGAAGGCUACAGCAUAAAUGUGACCAAGACCUACAAGAAGCACAAGCGCUGCAAGCCGAAGCGCCUCUUCGCGCCCAUCACGGAGCGCACCUCGCCUGCGGCGGAUCUCAGUGAGUUGCCGGUGCUCCAUGAGCUGGACAACAACAACAUCAUCGAGGGAGCAGCACGCAGCAGUCGCAGCUCGGCGACUGAUGGCCACGGGGGACUAAGCGGUGCCAACCGGAGCAAUUGUGGCCAGUUUACCAGCUGUCUGCUGUGGCUGGGCGCCGCAUCCUGGUGGCUCCUGCUGAUGCUAAGGACGUGAGGAGCAGACGCACCCAAUGGCACAGCAGAGCGAAGCAGCAGCAGCAGCAGCACAGGCACCACCGUCUAACUACACUAAAUACAUAAAUACUCAAAAGAAAAGAAAAACAAAACAAACAAAAUGCAACUACAACUCUUUAACUAUAAAUGACAGCUCUUAAUCCUACUACAAUACAAGUACAGACAACAACAUCAAGCAAAGCAAACACAAAUAACAAAAUACGAAAAAGAAAAACAACAAAAAAAGUUUAUGAAAAAAUUGCAGAACUAUUAAUUAUUUAUGAUAAGCUAGAUACCGGCUCCUGCCUCCCAAUCUAAGCCCUCUCUCUCUCUCUCUCUCUUUCUGUCUUUCUGUCUCUGUCCUGCUGUUUCUCCCUGUUUAUUUAAGCCAAUUCUCGCAAAUUUUGUUAUUUUUGUUCUAGCUUCUAGUAAAUUAUUAAUGAUUUUUUUUAAGGUACUUUAAGCAGAAACAAAAACGAUAAAAAAAAAACAAACAAAAAACAAAAAAAAAGAAAAAAUAAUAAAAUAUUCGCGUACCGCAUUUUAAAAACCGAAAAGCAAUAAUUAGUUGUUGUUGUCGUUAUAUGAUAUACAAAAUAAAAAUAAAAGAAAAGCAAAUAUAUAUAUAGAAUGAUACGAGUACGUAUAAUAACAGACAACUAGUGCAGUCAUUCCUUCUACAUAAUAGUUUUAUUAUAUAGCAUAUAUAUAUAUAUAUAUAGGGUCUGACUUAUGUAAAGCUUGAACGUCUGAUGAUUUUUGUUGGACAUUGCAAGACACAAUCGCAAAUGAAGAAAUUCAGAAAAACCACUUGAGCAAAGGCAUAGAUAUAGGCAACUAAACUAAACUAAACUAAACGACAAACAUAAACAUAAACAUAAACAUACUCGUAAAUAGUUCGUAAAGCAUAACACAUAAUUAAAUCCCAGUUAAGUUUAGUCACUUGUAGUGCGCGCAAAACCAGGAACUAAGUUCGGAGCGUAGGAAGGAAUGAAUGAAAAGAAAAAUAAGCCUACAUACAUUACACAUAUAACAUUUAUACGUCCAUAUAUAACAAAAGAGCAAACAAACAACUAAGUAACACAUUUAUUUAGUUGAGGUUUGAAAAGACUUGCGACUUUACUUUGUUUAAUUGAGAAAUGGCGUAAAAGUCUAAAAAGAAGAAAAAAUAAUGAAAGCAAACUCUGCACCAGGUGUGAUGAUGAUAAACAUGUUUAAAUUAACUAUAAUUUUUCAAUCUGAUAGAAAGGUUUUAGGGUAGAAAACCAGAUAGACAAGUUUCGGCAUUACGAGAUAUUCAACAAUAUUAUGUAAAUUCAUUUCCUUCGCUAGGUUUGGGCAACUUAACGAUAAUACUUAUAUUCCCCAAGCUUGAAUACCCCUACACACUUUCUGUUCUUGCUGUCAAUGAAAAAUCUAUUAACAUUAAAUUACCUUUUUUAUAUCCAACUAUCCAUUAUUAUCGCUAUUUGCCCAAGCCUAGCUCUAACUGUAUAUUUUUGUUAAUUUAUGACUAUAAACA